GACAAGUUGAAUAAUUAACGGUAAACAAAAUGGCGCUAGCGAAUAUGUUUUGUAGAGUUUGUGAGAAAGAAGAACCAAACCAUAUCUGCUUCACGUGUGUUAACCCACUGGAAAAAGACAACACGUUUGCUGGGGUGUUGUUAUGCGAGCAAUGCCGGGUUGGGUUCCACUCCCAGGGUUUCUUUUUGGGCCAUGAUAUACAACCUUUAAAAGAUGAUUUUAAGAAGAAAAUGUAUUACGAAAGGGUCAAAGUUUUUCGCAUGGAGGCUCAAGAAAAAAUAAAAUUAGAAAUUUCCAGGAAAAAGAAUUUAAAGACGAAAAUAAUGGAACAAACAAAGCAAGCACAUGCUGAAGUUCAUUCCAAUCUGCUGGAAAUUUACAAUUCAUUUCUAAAACAACUAAACUGUAAGGAAACGGAACUGGUUUCAGAAAUUGAUCAAUUUACAAAAGAAACGAACAGUAAACUUGAUGCUGAAUUAGAAAAGUGGAAAGAAUUGGAAAAUAAAGUUACAACUACAUUUGCAAUGAUGCUUGCCAGUCUUUCAGAUGAUAAAUCAGAAUUCAAUGAACAAGAUAUUUGUACAGUGCUUGAAAAUAAUGCAGCAUUAUUGAACACGGCUUUGAUAGAAAUAAUGGAUAAAGUUGUUGGUCCGUAUGCCAAUAUUAGCCCUUGUUUGGCAGAUGAAAACACUCAGCUAUUUGAUAUUUCUGCAAUAUCUCUUAAAUCUAUUGAUUUUUAUACGGCAGAAACAAUCUGGGCCAACCCAGCAAUAAUGACAGAUGUUUCUUUUGAGUUGAACGAUGGAUUUGAAUUUGAUAUUCCAAAACAAUUUCUUGGCAAGCAUAUUAUGAACCACCGCACGUUAUCACUUUAUCUGCCCCAUCCUUGUAUAGUAAACCAUGGGAAGUUCAUCUUGGGGAUAUUGGAGAAUUAUAUAAUGAAUAAAGUAAAUGAGGGCAUGCUUGCUUUAAUCAGUGAAAAAGAGAUGCCUUUGUUUAAUGAAAAACUGGUAGUGGCCAGAUGCAAAACUUUAUCAAAGUUUUUCCGCUGUUCUUUUUCACUCCCUGGUCUAGAGGAUACAAACCAACACAGAAAUAGGGGGGAAAUGAUCAUUCAUCAUCCUGAUGAAGAGAAUGAAGUCUUGAAAAGAAUAUCGCCAAAAAAACUUGAGUUUUUCAAACCAGAUGAAAAGUUGCUGCAGAUUCAGCCACUUUGCGUUCAAGUAAAUUUUACUAAAUCAUUGAACACAAGUGCUAUACCAUACGAAGUCAAAUUAAAACUGAAGCGUUUGUUGGAAAAAGGAGAAUCCAUGAAAGUAAAGCUGAUGGAAAAGAAUAAGAAGGAUGGAUUAGAUAUAUGGGAAGCUCAAGUUACCGUGGAUGACACAGAGUUUAACGAACUUGUAGUUAAAGCUGAAAAGCAGAAGACCAAUCAACUUUGCAAAGACGUCCGUCUGCAGAACCAAAAUUUACCAGUAGUUCGAGAAAUUGUUGAAACUACUGAUGAAGUAAAAGAAAAAUCCACUGAUGCGUCUCAAAGUGAUAAAGAUUGUAAACUGGAGAUCAAGUUGGACGAACAAAAAGCUGAAAAUAAAGAAAAUGUUUCUAAUGAUCAGGAAAAGGUUUUGGUUGAUAAAGACAACAGAGAUUCUGAGUUUAUUGCGGUUAUUACAAGUGUAGAGUCAGCUUUAUUGAAGGAAAAUUUAGAAAUUGCAACCAGCAAUGAAAAAGCUUGUGGUGAAAAGAUAGCUACAAGUGAACCAAUUGGAAGUUUAAAAACAGGAAAAGAUUGCCAACAGACCGUUGGUCUAUCUGCGCUUGCGCAAGAUUACAUUCAAAGAACAACAUCCUCUUCUCCUCCUCGCAUCCUCCCUGCUCCUGAAAACCAAUCCUGGGAUGUUCAUCACCUAUCCUCUUCUCUUGGAAAUCCUCAGAUGAAUUUUCAACCUCCAGCUGCAUCCCUUGCUCCAGAGUACCCUCUCCUCCAGUUUGCUGGGAGCGGGGAUCACAAUAUCAUCCAGCAGUCCGGAUGGGACAUCUCUUCCAAACGGUCACUUAAAUAUUUCACCCUCAUCUUGUUUGGGGAAAACUCAAACGAAUUCAUCAACAUUGAUAACAUGGGGGAACCUCCACCACCAGUUAAACUUGCAUGGCAGCAAGCAAUACAAACCCAACAACAACUAUGGGAAGGCUUACCAUUUGAGUUGUUUCAGCAUAUACUUGAAUGCGAGGUUGAAAGAUUCCCCGAAUUGCAUCAAGAAUUCUACAGAUUCCGUGUCCCCAUGGAUAUUAGCAGCUUGCCAGAGCGCAUGGGACUUAAUUUCAACAGUUACUUGAAAAAGUUCCCGGAAAUACAGCGUGCAUUACAUUUUAUGAAGGGAAAUUUAACACAAAACCAAAAUCCAAAUAAUCUGCAAAACAUGAUCAAUCUUAACCCAAUCAUGUUUCCUAAUGCAUCCGUACAAGCGAAUCCUACAGUGGUCCUGGAAAGAAAUAAUAAUAAUGUGAAAGUACCAAACAAUAACCAAAGACAAAACAUACCUGGCUUAAAUGCUGAAGCUACAAACCCUGCACUCCCCCUUGACGUUUCAUCAUCAAACGACUCCCAGAUCUCAAACAGUGAACAAACAAACACUUCCGUUGCUUCAUCUGAAACAGCGUCGUAUUCCAAUGUAUCAGAUGCUUGGCAAGAAGAAAACGACAAACCAAAAGUCGAUAAUGAUCGCCAUAGCAACCGAAGCAGAAACAGUUCGUUUGACCGUCUGUCAUGUGACGGCACUGCUCAUGGCGACCGUGGAAACAGAAGAUACACGUCAAGGCAAUCUACUUCUUCAACUAUGUGUUACAACUGCAACGAUCGCGGCCACGCAACGACUGCAUGUCCGCACCCAGUAUCCAGAAAAGGAAACGGUUCUCGAAACCGCAGGCAUGACGAUUCUUCUCGCCGCGGUAAGAGGCAGUGGCGUGACCCAAAACGAAAGUAAAAUAAUAACCCGGACUUCACUUUCCACGAUGACCUGCUUUUUUUGUAUUACACAUAAUCGUGUAUUCAUUUUCGUUUUUAUUUUCUUUGCACAUUGAUUCCUCAACGCUGUGCUGUGUAUUUCGUUCGCGUUCUUCCUUCGUUUUUGUAUCGAACCAUAAGCGUAUCAGCUUCUUGGUUGUCAUUUCUGUUUCUCCUUUUUUUUCAAUCAUUGUAUGAAAAAUACACCUUCAGUUUAAAAGUA